CCUCCGACUACACCUCCCACUCUCUCUCUGCCAUUCACCCUUAAUCAUCCUUAUUCUGUCCCACAACCCCCACCCAGCCUCCAGUGGGCGGUGUGCGGACAUGUGCGCCCCUCCUCUCCCAUAGUGUCUGCAUAAUAGUGGCCGUGGAAUGGAUUUGAACUUGCAGCCAGAGCUGAGAGGUGGAAGAGGUCCGGACACCAGGCGUCUGUGUGAGAGGAGCCGCCGCACCACAGGGAUCAAACCUCCGGGACUUUCGUUUGCAGAAAGUUUUCACUGAUAACCCGGACGCAAGCCAGCUGGAUUUUCUGACUUUUUAAAAAUAGCGUUAACAAGAUCGUUUUGAGAUGUUUCCUCACAUCCUCACAUACCUGCUGUGUCUGGUGUGUCUGGGUUCUGCUCGUCCUCAACCAGCGCCACCACACUCAGUGGGAGUGGAGAAGAACUCACCUGCAGCCGGCUCUCUGUCAGGCCGAGUGGUGCUGCCAUGUCACUUCUCCAUGAUGCCAGAUUCUCCCAGCAGCUUGGCAUACACUCCCUCACCCACCACACACACCUUUACACCUGGACCUCUCCUCCCUGCCGAUGCUCCUCACACUGAGGAGGAGCAGCUGAGAAUCAAGUGGACAAAGCUGGAAGGAGAGGGAGAGAGGGUGGUGCUGGUGGCCCAGGCAGGGUUGGUCAAAGUGGGGCCAGAAUACAAGAGCAGGGUGUCUGUGCCCAGUCACCCGCUGUCGGUCGGGGACGCCUCUCUGAUCAUAGUGAAGCUAAGGGCCAGUGACGCAGGACUGUACCGCUGUGAGGUGAUGCAUGGGAUGGAGGACACUCAGGACACUGUAAGCCUUAAUGUCACUGGUGUGGUGUUCCACUACAGAGCCAGCACCAGCCGCUACACCCUGGAUUUCCCUGGCGCUGUGGAGGCGUGUCAUGCUGUAGAUGCCUCCGUCGCUACACCAGAACAGCUGAAGGCUGCUUUUGAGGACGGCUUGGACCAGUGUGAUGCAGGCUGGCUCGCCGACCAGUCAGUCAGAUAUCCAAUCACCGUGCCCCGUCCUGGCUGUGCAGGUGAUCUGACGAACAAGCCAGGAGUGAGAACAUACGGCAUCCGACCCCCCACAGAGAAAUAUGAUGUGUACUGCUUUGCAGACAAAUUUCAUGGCGAGGUCUUCUUCCCUCCAUCUAUUAGCGUCAAAGUCACCUUGCAGCAGGCAAGAGAGGAGUGUGAGAAACACGAUGCCGUGCUGGCGUCGCCUGGUCAGUUGUUUGCAGCCUGGAGGGCGGGGCUGAACAGAUGCGACUACGGUUGGCUGUCUGACGGCAGCGCCCGCUACCCCAUCACCUUCCCCAAGCCUCAGUGUGGAGGGGGCCAGCUGGGCGUUCGCACACUGUACAAGUACGAAAACCAAACUGGCUACCCAGACCCCUCGGAAAAGCAUGGACUUUUCUGCUUCAAGGCCUAUCUACCAGAGCCGACUACCAUGAGCCCAGCGACGACUCCAGCUGUGUACAAACCUCACGACCCAACAUACGAUCCCCACACUACAACACUGUGGCCACUCUCAGACCCUGAAAGGGCUGAAAUUCAAACAAGAAGACCAGAGCCGGCUGCAUACUCUCCAACAGAGAGGCCACACACAGCCUCACCAGAUCAACUUGGGGCCCUCCACACCUCCCCCCACACCACAGCUUCGGUGACCCCCACUCCCAGCUUAGACAACGAUGAUGUUCAGAGUUUCGGCAUCAACAAGGUGGAGUCGGUACCAGUUAGAGGACACGUUGUGGUCCCCAUGGAGCUCCCUCCCUUACCCACCCUCCCCUCCCAGACUGAACAACUUGACAUCUCCCAAGGGGGGGGGGAGGGGGGCCAGGCGGGGUCGGGCCGAGGUGAGAGCGGGCAGGGAGGCAGCGGUGACGACGGCUCCAGUAGGGCUGAGGCAGGAGCAGUGGAGACCCCAUCACAGGUGUCGGCAGAAACCGUAUCAAUACCGAGUCGGCUUCUAGAAACGACCAUGGGGCCGGAGCUGAGCGUGGAAACCACAUUGAGACCAUCACAGCUUCCAGAGAUCACCCCACAGCAUGUUGGCCCAGGGAUGCUCACCCCAGAGGUCGUCACCCCAGAGGUCGUCACCCCAGAGGUGCUCACCCCAGAGGUCGUCACCCCAGAGGUGCUCACCCCAGAGGUCGUCACUCCAGAGGUCGUCACUCCAGAGGUCGUCACUCCAGAGCCGUGCCUCCCUGUUGGUAGUGGAGAUGAUGGGCGAGAAGAUCCUGCUGUGGUUUUUAAAGAGGACGUCCCCACUAGAGCGACGCUCACUUUUGACCUCGACCAAUCGUUGUCCAUUCCUGCUGUAGGUGAAGAGUCAUCAGCCAAACCCCCAUUCCAUCUCAUCAUCGUCAAUGUGCACAACCAGAAUCAGUCAGUUGACCACAUCCUGGAAAUCUUAAACCAGCCUGGAAACAGCAUCGCCGGCUCCCAGUCCCUGUUCCCCCAGAUCACUGACCUUUCACAUGUGACCAGCGAAGCUAUCCAGGGCAGCGGAGACAUAGACUCUCUGGAGCCCUCACCCAUCAACCUGCCUCCAACUGUCAGCUUUUUCAAUGGAAAACACGAGGUGACAUUUGAGCCAGAGCAGCCAGAGGAAGCUCGAGGGGAUCAGUUUGAGACGGCUACUCCUGUUCGAGUAGAAGACAUGGAAGUGGAGGAGAAGGAGGACGGGGAAAGCGUGACUCCUUUUGACUACAGUGUCUUAGAAAUCCAAACAGAGGCGACACCGCCAGAGGAAACCAGUGAUGCAGUCACUCACCCUGCAAAUAUGUAUCCAGAUGUGGUAACAGACUCGGACACUGACGUAUACAAGGUCCCUUAUGUCUUUACAGACUUUGAGAGCGUCAGAACUCAAAAACCAGAUCAGAUCACCACAACCCCAGCCAUGCACCAUGUCUCAUCACUAGCAUCCACCACACUAUCAACACCAGUCCUCUCUGGUGUCUCCCAGCCUGUCAUUGAUGUUGUCUCUGCCUGUGAGGACACACAGGGUUCUCCAAACUGUGACACAGACGCUGCUACACAGGAGGGCUCCGCACAUGAUGCUUUGCCCACUCCAGCUGCAGACAGCCGGUUGAGCAUGAUUACCGAUGAGGCCGAAAUUGGGGGGACGGAGUUACCAACUUUUAUCCCAGACACACAGUCACGAGAAACCACCACACAGACUCAGACUGAAGACUUUGAAGCAUCUGCCUCCGGAGAUGAAGCUUCAGGACAAGAUGAAGCUUCAGGACAAGACCCACCGGAGACACCUGGACUUACCAGCACACACCCACCGAUUUAUUCGACCCUUCACACCCAGCAGCCUCAACCUGCAGCAGGUACCGAAGUAACAGAAGUCCCUGAAGUUUUACAGGCUGUUGACACAGUUACAGAAACAGGCUCAGGUGCGGAGCAGCUGUCUGGAGAGAGGGAGGUUUCUGAGGAACAGCGCAAUCUGGUUGACCUUCCCAGAGAGGUUGCUGUUACUGUUUUACCAGCUGUGGUGGAAGUUUUAGAGCACACCACUCUCCCUACACACAUGAAGAACACAACCUCUGAAUCUAGCACAUCAAAACCCUUCACACAUCACUCCUCUGCUGUCACAGACGAUAAGAAACAUCCUGCUGUUACCGCUGAGCCUGCACCCACAACCUCUGAAUCUAGCACAUCAAAACCCUUCACACAUCGCUCCUCUGCUGUCACAGACGAUAAGAAACAUCCUGCUGUUACCGCUGAGCCUGCACCCACAACCUCUGAAUCUAGCACAUCAAAACCCUUCACACAUCGCUCCUCUGCUGUCACAGACGAUAAGAAACAUCCUGCUGUUACCGCUGAGCCUGCACCCACAACCUCUGAUGGCGACGACACGCACCCCACCAACCCUUACAGAGACCAGGCUCUACAGUCCACCACAAGUUCCUAUAAGUAUGUAAGCCAGCCAAUGCUGUCCACCACAUUGUACACAUUCGACCAAAGCACCCACUCCGUCCCCCAGUGGGCACUGUCCCCCGACCCAGCUGCCACCCCUCUCCCAGAGGAUGAUUUCGUGGAUUACGACAGAGAGAUUGUCCCUUCUCUGGUGGAGUCGCUGCCUCAGAUACCAGAAGAGACCAUGGCCACAGAGCAACCACAGGCUGGCACUGAUUCAGCUUACUCUGUGGAGGCCAGCACUGUGAAUGUCAGAGAUCUCCUACCGUGCUCAACUGGUGUGUGUCAGAAUGGAGGCUCCUGCUACAAGAGGGGAGCACAAGAUAUCUGCGUGUGUGCACCUGGAUACACUGGGCAGCACUGUGAAACAGAUGUUGAUGAGUGUCAGUCUAACCCGUGUCUGAAUGGAGCCACCUGUCUGGAUGGAGUCAACUCCUUCACCUGUCUCUGCCUGCCCAGCUACGCAGGAGAGCUCUGUGAACAAGACACUGAGGUGUGUGGAUUUGGUUGGCAGAAGUUCCAGUCCCACUGCUAUAAGUACUUCACACACCGUCGCACCUGGGACGCUGCUGAGAGGGAGUGUCGGCUGCACGGCGCCCACCUGGCCAGUAUCCUGUCACAGGAGGAACACCUGUUCGUCAACCGCCUGGGCAGCGAUUACCAGUGGAUUGGCCUUAAUGACAAGAUGUUUGAGAGGGACUUCAGGUGGACUGAUGGCCAGCCAAUGCAAUACGACCACUGGAGGCCGAACCAGCCGGACAGCUUCUUCCAGUCAGGAGAGGACUGUGUGGUGAUGAUUUGGCACGAGGGAGGACAGUGGAACGAUGUGCCCUGCAACUAUCACCUGACUUUCACCUGCAAAAAGGGAACAGUGUCAUGUGGACAGCCCCCUGUGGUGAAAGACACUCGAGUGUUUGGGGCCAUGAAGCCUCGAUAUGAGAUCAACUCCCUGCUACGCUAUCACUGUAAACAGGGUUUCAUCCAGAGACAUGUCCCUACGAUACGCUGCCGUGCAAACGGCCAAUGGGACACGCCCAAAGUCACCUGCACCAGCCCUGCAACUUACCACAAGUCAUUUGCUCCCCGGCACCGGAACAACAACAGCAGCAGCGAGCAACAAAACAGCCACCAGAACCAUCACAUUCAUCACAGCAAGAGUCCUCAGAAAGAAACUCAAAACCAAGAGCAACAGCAGAGUUACAGCAGCCUGCAGAGCUUCUGGAACCCUUUUCAGAAGCGAGUCCAGCAGCAGCUGAGGGAGAAGAGGGAAGUGCAUGUCCAAACACACAGGGAAGAUCAGAUGAGACACUGAUUCGGUUUGUGGCUUUUAUAAAUCAGCUAUGCUGCGGCAGCCAAUCACAGCAGGCCUGCCAUCACGGAGUCAUCGAUAGACAGAUAGAGCGGUGUACUGAACUGUCUAUCAAUGGCUCUGAAAAGAACAAGAGGGAUGUUUCACCAGCACAUUGUCCACAAACACUCCAGGAUCUGAACAGUAACACAAAUGAGAAGUUAGUAUAUUCAGCAAGUUAAAUCAGAUUAUAUCACACCUGCCUAUAAUGUCACAAUGUUCUUAACAGGAAGGUGCUGUAAUCACGUCACUGUGUGGUUAACUUAAUCGUCAGAUACCACACAGCUGGUCUGUGACAUCAGAUUUUGUUUCUGUGUUCACUUUCUCCUGAACCGACAGAGAAUCUGAACACACUUUGUCAACCCAGUGACGUGUGGGAAAUCUUAGUUUAAAGGUACCAUGUGUUUUUUGUAUUUUUAUGAACCAACAAAGAUAUAUAACAUAUUUAGAUAUAACAUAUUUACUUUCAUUGUUUCUCAACGAAAUGAGUAUGAUCUGUGAGGCCUAAUGCUAUAAACUAGAAGGGAAGGGAAUGGAUCUUAAAAAUUAGUUUUGGCUACUGCUUUGUUAAAAUAAGAGGUAAAAGAAUUGAGAUUUCCACUUGUGCCUAGCAGCUCUUAAAAAACCAAAAUGUCAGUGGUCGAGUUGUAUUGUGGGUAAUGUAGGCGUCAGGUUGUGGAAAAGACGAAUAAUACUAUUUACUGCAUAUAAAGAUGGACAACACGGGACGGGAAGUGUUAAUUUGUCCAGUAAAAUUGGAGUUGGUUAGUCAUUUGAUAAAAACAAGUUGAAACAUCAUGGUUGAAAGCUAAGACUGAAUCAUGGUUGGUUUAGCACAUGUAUCAAUGGGACACUUCAUCCCCAGAUUGCUAUGGCAUGUCUGUGGCUCCAAAUGGCCAAUAUGGUGGGGCGUUUGUAUCCGGGGUACUCUAGCUUCAUUUCUGGAUAGUGGGAGGAAGUGGGGACCCGUCAUCCAUCUGUAUGUACAGUCGAUGGUGUUAACCAUGCAGCAUGAAUGGAACAAUAGGUUUCCAUCCAAAUGUAGAGCAUGUAUUUGGAGAAAAUCUGCAAAAUAAAAAGGAAGUGAAUCCACAUUUCCACCAACACAGCUCCAACAAAGAAACCCACAUGAGAGAACAUGAUGUAAAUCUGACAUUCCUGUCAGUUUCAUACGAGGAAGGUUCCAGACUCCUCGUCGCUCCAAACACUUCUGUGGUUUUCCUCUCUUUAUGUACAUAUGUGUUUAUCUACAUAUCCACAUAGGUAGAUGGAAAUCCAGCUGAUGCAGAAGUGCAGUGUUACAUGAGUGAACUACCUAGGCUACCAAAACAGGGCCCAGUGAUAUCUUCCUCUGUGUCUGUAACCCUUCCCUUGUCAGGUUGUAGCAGCUCUUCGAAAGUCUUCUGACUGGUCUUCAGCUGUCUUGUCUUUGUUGGCGUAUUGCUGCAUUUCUUGGCACAUUAUCACUUCACUGUGACACAGAGACAAGAUGCUAACAUAACUCUGUAAACCUGUUGCUCCACAGUGCUAAUGCGCCACUAUUGGUCUAAAUUCACACAAGGUACCUUUAAUAUUGGGAAGAUUCUGCACAUAACUAAAUAAGCAGUAGUGUCAGUCUCAAAACCAAAACACACUAUUCAUUGAAAUAUUUGUGUUUUAUUUUAAUAUGAGCCCAGUGGUUUUGAGAAUAGUUAUAAUGUUAUUGAUAGACUAUAAAAAGCAUGAAUUCAUCACUUUAAAUUAUUAUCAUGAAACAUCUUCACUUUGUCUAGUUUUGGGCUGUGCUGCUUACUAUGACAAUUCUUUUUUACUGGUUUAUCUCCCUUGUAGUUUUUUUGUACAAAAUAUUUUAACACAGAAAAUGAUUUUUAAAGGAGAGAUGGGAGAUUUAAAGAGCGGCACACAGAGCUAAAGAGAGGUUAUGAAUGUGUGUGCUGUGGCUAUUAAUCAUAGGAUAUAUAAUAUAGAUACUAUAUAAAGCCAUAUGAAUUUAACUUAUUGUAUACUUUAAACCUAUGAAUGGACUGUGAUAUCAAAUGAAGGUCAUAGGAAGUAGUUCUGUUAUGAUGACUUCCUUUCUGUUUACUGUCAUGCUGUUUCUUGCGGAGAGAACUUCUCAUCAUUUACAUGAGUGGAUGUUCGCUGCGUCUGUUUAGCAACCUUAGCUAUUCCAGCUGUUGGGGCCUCUUAUUUUGCUGUGGGUAUUUUUGAGAGUAUCUCGCUUGAAAAUGUUCUACAUAGUUAUGCUGGGUUUUGUACGUGUUCUCAGCUACAUGUAGUUUGUUGCUUUCUGCUGCACAUGUGGAAACUGUGUUUUUAACUCAACUGAUAUGGGAAUGUGAAAAAGCCACGUAGAGGCAACUUAAACAUCAUCAACAAUAUUUUGUAAUUGAUCCUGACACAUUGUAGGUAGAUACAUUUUCCUUUUUAUAUAUUGUUUGUCUAUGUAUAUGCAUUUUUUAAAAGUUCUUUUUCUACUCUGUGUGGUUGAUCGGGUUUACUGUGUCUGUGGCACAAGAGCUUAUGUUUUAUGUUACUGUGUCUUUUUCCAGUCAAGUUACUGUAAAAUGUUCAUCAUCCUGGUUUCAUUGUCAUUGUCAGCUGUGUGUGCAAUAAUACCAACUCAUACCACAA